AUGAGAAAAAUUUAUAGUACGGGAUUAACUACGAAACAUCAAUGCGGACACACUUUUAAUGAUGGAAAUUUUCAUCUUGUUGAAGUCAUACAAGAUCAUGAUUCCGUUCGGAAGAUCUCAUGUGGAAGAUCUCAUGUUGUGUUUGAAACAAUGGAUGGACAAGUAUUUGCUUUUGGUCGGAAUGAUUACGAUCAAUGUGCUGUUGGACAAAAAGACGACAUCAAAACACCAAAACCAUGUUUAUUUAAAGCAGAUGAUGAUUGUUCCGAGAAAAACGGCUCAACAAACCUACAAGUGUAUCAGCCCUACAUGUUCAGUACUGGAUGGUUUCAUUCUGCAUUCAUCUCAGCUGAUCAGAAGAAUGUAUACUUUUCAGGAUAUUGCUCAUACAGCACAAUAUCUAACUCGAAUAUUGGUGUAUUUCACAAUGUUUCUUCAGCAAUUACAAAAUUGGGUCCAAAUCAAAAAUUCACACAUUUAGGAAGUGGCGAUCAUGUAUUUAUGGUCGUGGUUGAUAACAAUGAUAUUUAUUAUAUUUCGAGCAAUAUUUCUCAUGUGGAUGUUUUGAAAGCAACAGGACAAGCCCUGAGAGAAGUAAGGAUGGAAAAAAGUGGCGUUGUUUACACAGUCGCGGAUGGAUCAUUGUACAUUAGAGAACAUUCGUCGCGUGCCAAACCCAAUUCUGAAUUUCUUGGUCAAGAAAUUGUGCACCUAAAUUCGAGCUCUGUUGGAGGUGUAAGCUUUAAAUCUGUGAAUUUGAAACAAACCAUUAUUGAUGGUAGCACCAGGUAUCCCUUUGAAUGCGAUGUCUAUCCAUCUUUUUGUUCUCAUUUUACGUAUUAUCCACAAACGAGAACUCUUACAGCGACUGGUUCAAAUAAUGAUAUGCAAUAG